AUGGCCGUGAGCAAGGAGACGCUGAUCUACUCGUACGUGUUCACCUUCGCCGUCCUCCUGGCGGUGAUGACCAACACCUGCCAGUACUUCGCCAGGCAUCCCCCGCGGAAGGACACGUGGUGGGGCUGCAACGGCCCGCUGGUCUUGCUGUCCCUGGCCACGCUCUUCCUCCUUGUCGCGCCCCUGAAGAACCUCGUGGUGAACGUGUGCAUGCAGUCCUUCCGCCAGAACGGCUACGAUAACACCAUCGAGGCGGCUCUGGACUUUGCCUACUGGCCGUGCUUCAAGCACGUGCAGGCGUACACGGUCGUGGCGUACGUCCUCAUGAUCUGGGGCACGGCGAUGCAGGUAGACAUCUUCAGCAAGUUCAGGGAGGGGUUUCCACGGGGCCCGCUGGAGCGACGAAUUCCCGCGGCCGGGCCUAAGACCAUCCCCACUGCAGCCGCCGCGCUGGCGGCCGAGCCGCCUGCUGGGCAGGCACCCGGCGGCAUCCUGCGAGGCAGGGACGGCGAUCGCUUCGACCAUGGGCAGGAUGAGACGCGGGGUGGCCGCGAGGAAAAGAGGCGGAGCAGCGGCGCGAGCAGGGCAGAUGGGCGGGCGGGCGGAGAACGGCAGAAGUACGUCGUGGCACCUUCCCCGCUGGUGGUGCGAGAUGGCGAGGUCUCUGCUGUCUUUAUCGCGUCGAAGCUGCGCGCGGGUUCUUUCUGGUUUGCGCGGCCUGCGAAGGGUCGCUCCAGCGCCGCGGCAGCCGCGCGCGCUCUCGGCACCGCCAUUGCGAGGCGCGCCUCUGGAUGCGUUUCUUGGCCGCUGGAGGUCUUUGCGGCGCUGCGCCCAGAAAAGUCCCCGACCGCGCUUCGACGGCAGACGCUCGACUGGCCGCCAUUGCGCGUCGCACAGCAUAAGGCAGAGCUCAUGAAGGUCAUGGAGAGGUUCGGCGUGGAUCCGACUCUGCCGCGCGAUGGGCAAAUGACCAAGCAGCCUUCCCCCGCCAUGAUCGAUGCCGUGGCCGAGCCCCUGAACUCCACGGUGUACUGGCUGGCCGCCCAGCCGGCCGUCCACGGCGCGCUGGUGGGCCUGGCGGCCACCUCCGGGGUGAGGGCCAUCUCGGGUGCCGCGCUCGGCCAGGACGAGGUCGCGCCGGAGGUGCUGCUGUCCCUCCUUCUGUCCCUCCUCUUCGGCUUUCUCUCCUUCCUGGUCUUCGUGCCCAAGGCCCGCCUCGCGCUGUGGUCCAACUGGUAUCCAGUGGCCUGCGGCCCAUCCCGCCACCCCGAAUGUGUAU